AUGGCCACGAGCGGCUCCAUUUUCCACAACACUAUCCCGAACCCGUCCGUCAUGUCCAAGUCCUCCGGCCGCAUCCCGUCUGGAAACUCCCAAUCGAAACCGUGCACGAGGUUAGCCAGCAUUAGGCUCACCAUCCGCACGGCAAGGCCUGACCCGAGGCAGAUACGCCGGCCCGUUCCGAACGGGAUGAACCUGCAGUCCCUGCCCCGGAUGUCGACAUCCGAGCCCACAAACCUCUUGGGCCUAAAACUAGUCGGUGCCCUCGGAAAUUGUGUACGGCCCGAUGUUGGCCCGUUCCUCCGUGAGGUGGGGUAUGAGGAGCGGGCCACCGGGUGGACCCUCAAGGUUUCUUUUAUUACCGCGUCUAAGUACGCGAGACGGGGUAUGUCUUGUUCCUCGACAAGUUUUUCGGGCGGGAUGUUGAUGUCGGAAAUUUCUCGUUUGAGCUUGGCGAGCACGGGCCGGUUGCGUAGGAGCUCCGCCAUGGCCCACUCCAUCGUCAUGGUGGUCCUCUUGAUCACUCGAACCGUUUUCCUCCGCAUAAUCGAGCAACACAUCCAAGAAAUCCCGGCGCCUCGCGGGCCCGCCCGCCCUCUCCCCUACCCGCCUCUUGAUGACAUCCCACAACAAUUCGUGCACCCUACCAUACAACCGCGUGAUCUCCCGCCUAAUCCCCUGCACGUCAAACAGCCUCAGCCAGGGCAAGUAAUCCGCCGCGUUAGGCUUCAUCACAAGCUCCACGAGCCGGCCAAUCAGCUCCCGCAGUUCCCCUACCCCACCCGACGACCCCAUGUCUCCCGAGAACAUCGUAGCUCGGUGUUGCAAAUCCGCCGGAGCUUCUUCCAGUGCGGGCUCAGGCCCAAGGCCCAGACGAGCGACGUGUCGUGGAAUAUUCCGACCGUCACUGCCUCGGGCCUGGGUCGGCCGAUGAAGGCCCGGUCGUUGGUCCGGAGGAUUUCUUUGGCAGUGUCUGUUGACGUGGCGACCACGAUUUGUUUUGUUCCGAAUCUGACGGUCAUCAGGGGCCCGUGGGCUUGGGCCAGCUUGGCGAGGGACUCGUGGGGCCGGUUUCCGAUGGAGAGGAGGCUUCCGAGAAUCGGGAGGCCCGUCGGGCCCGGAGGAAGCCUUGGCCUGUUUUUCUUGUUGGGUAUUAGGAUUGUGUUAAGGAAGUGGAGGCAUAGUAUGAGGAUUGAGCAGAGUAGGAAA